CGCAACGUGGAAAUCUAUUUGUUGAUUAGGAGCACAACCUUGCGAGCAAAUCACUCCAAAUCAGUCGUUAUCUAUUCUCUCUGUACGUACUUCAAAAUCCUGGCCGUGGCGGUGAAGAAAACGACUGAAAAUCCAAACCUGGAGAACAUGGACGAUUCUGGAAUUCUUAGGUCAAAUUGCCACAGCAGUAGAAAUUUGGGCGAAAAUGGAGGCCAGAAAAUUUGCGUUUCUGAUAACGGUGAAGGCAUAACUAAGCCUGAUAGUUUUGUGGUGGAAAUAGAAGGACUAUCUCAUCUCAUAGAGAACGACAUCAACGCAAAUUCGAGGAUUACAAAGCUGCAAAGAAAGCUUACAAGAAAAGCAUCAUUGAGGAGCGUAGAAAAGAAAAUCACUGCCCACGACAGAGACAACACUACACUUAUCUCUUCACAAAGAGGCAUUGUAUCCGGAAGCAUCAACAGCAACGGAAUCAGCAGCGUCGUCCCUGAAAUGCCGGUUGGUGUAGUGCCAAUGGGGCCAACUGAUCAUCAUCACUUGGUAGCUGUCCCACAAGUCCAUCAUCAGAUUACCAUCUUAAACAGCGGCUGCACAAGUGGCAAGAGAUUUGGCUUUCGCCGAUUGCCUCGAGCCUGGAUUCUUGAUUCCAGAAAGAUAUUCUUCUUCUUCGCGACGCUGUCAUGCAUGGGCACUAUUCUGCUCAUCUACUUCACUUUGUCGAUGGGAAGAGUUGUCGAUGGGGAUGAUAGUAUUCUCGAGUGAUCAAACCUGCACAUAAUGGAUCGACCGCCCUGACUCUCACUGUAUAGCUGCAAAUUCUGCAGACAAUCUCACUUUUUGUUGUUCAACCUUCACCAUCAUCCAAUCUUCGUAAACUAAUGGCGGCAGGCAGACGACCCCCCCCCCCCCCCCCCCCCCCGGAGAAUCCUUGUGAAGCUUCUUCAAUGACUCUACAUUUUUUCUAUUGCCUGCACAGUUGCAAUGAAGAGCCCAAAAGAAUACCAGUUUUUUUUUGCCUGUUGUUUCUCUCUUCUAUUCCACUUCUAUUUCUUGGUCUUUGUCUCCUCAUUGCUCUUUUUUCCAUUAUUCAUUAACAGGGAGUAACAGAA